AUGGCAAAUGAAGAACUUGCAGCAAUUACUGAUAAUGAUAAGGUUCGCAUCGCCUCUGGAUUUCUUCUACAUGCGCCACCCGGGGAAUUCAAUGAAGUUUUUAAUGAUGUACGAAUGUUGUUGAACAAUGAUGCAUUAUUAAAAGAUGGCUGUGGUGUAGCAUUUGCUCAGUAUAAUAAAGAACAAUUUAUGCCGGCUAGACUUGAAGGUGUAGAAAAACAGACUUUGAUAACGCCAUUCAAUGAGCUUCCAAAUGGUCGUUUUUUCGAUGCCAGAUCGAAAAACACUUUCAAAUUUGAUCAUCUUCGUAAAGAAGCGAUUGAUGUUCAACCAGAUAAUACUAUUGAUAGUAGUGUCGAGUUGUGGCUGAAAUAUUUGCAGGAGGAAGCAGAUAAAUAUAUGGAUAGUCAUUAUGAAGAUUCUGGAGUAGCUGCUAUUUUUCCUUCAGCUAAUAGUCUAGUGCUAUGUAUUGAAAGUCAUCAAUUUCAGCCAAAGAAUUUCUGGAAUGGCCGUUGGCGUUCUCAAUGGACAUUGCCACUUCAUGACGGUAAAUCAGGCCAGCAUGAGGUGAAAGGAGUUAUUAAAGUUCAGGUUCAUUACUAUGAAGAUGGAAAUGUUCAGUUGGUAUCAACAAAGGAUAUAACUGCUAAAAUUAAUUUAUUAGCCGAUCACACUCAGAGUGCUAAAGAUAUAUUCAAAGUAAUUUGGGAUGAAGAAUCGAAGUAUCAGGAAGCGGUGCAGGAUAAUUAUCAACAAAUGUCUUCAACAACAUUUAAGGCACUUCGGCGUCAGUUGCCUGUAACAGGCGCAAAAUUUGAUUGGAAUAAUGCAUAUGCGUAUAGAAUCGGUAAAGAUUUGAAACCACAAUAG